AUGAUCGUACACGACGCGGCUGAUUCGUCGGCCACUGUGGCAGAAGCCUCGUUAGUUGUAGCAGAACACCGAAGCGGUGGAGUAGAUUUGGAAGUUUCCGCUGGGUCGGUGGUUGUUGGGAACGUGUCGACGAAUGCGAGCACCGCCGUGCGCUCAGCCGGUGCCACGGUAGCCGCCUCCAUUUCUUCUUCGGCCGACGAUCGCAAAGAGCAGGUAUUAUGGGCUGGCUUUGACAAAUUAGAGCUUGGUCCAGCUGUCUUCAGACGUGUUCUCUUACUUGGUUAUCAGAAUGGUUUUCAAGUUUUUGACGUCGAAGAGGCAUCAAGUCUAAGUGAGUUGGUUUCCAAACGUGAUGGUCCAGUUACAUUCUUACAGAUGCUUCCUCUUCCUGCAAAAUGUGAUGGUGCUGAAAAGUACAAAUCAUCAUAUCCUCUGAUGGUUGUUGUUGGGGGCGAUGAGGAUGACAGACCCAGCCCGGUUCAGAACCAUAGCUACGGGUGUGGCAGAUAUGGUUCUGCUGAGUCUCAAUCUGGGAGCUCUGUCGACCCUCCUACAGCUGUUAGAUUUUACUCCCUUCGAUCGAAUGUGUACGUGAAAGUUAUCAAUUUUAAAUCUGCUGUCUUUAUGGUCAGAUGCAGUCCUCGAAUAGUAGCUGUGGGUCUUGAAGAACAGAUAUAUUGCAUUGAUACUAUCAAUCUCGAGAAGAAAUUUACUGUUCUCACCUAUCCUGUUCCCCGAUUCGGAGAGCAAGGAACUGUUGUGAUCGGCACAGGCUAUGGUCCAAUGGCCGUGGGAUCAAGGUGGUUGGCAUAUCCUCCUAGUCGCCCUAUUAUAUUGAACACAGGUAGGUUGAGUCCAAAAAAUAUGGCAUCUAGUGUAAGUCCAUCGACAUCUCCAGGCAGCAGUUUGAUGGCUCGUUAUGCAUUGGAGUCCAGCAAGCAACUGGCAACGGGGAUACUCACCCUGGGGGACAUGGGCUACAAAAAAUUAUCCAAGUACUACCCAGAGCUGCUUCCUGAUGGUUCUAGUUCUCCUGGCUGGAAAAGUGGGAAGCUAUUAACAUCUGAACCAGAAGAUGCUGGAGUGGUUGUUGUCAAGGAUGUUGUUUCGUUAGAAGUUAUAUCCCAGUUUAGAGCUCAUACAAGUCCGAUAUCUGCUUUGUGUUUUGAUCCAAGUGGGACCCUUUUGGUCACUGCUUCAGUACAUGGAAACAACAUAAAUAUUUUCAGAAUCAUGCCUUCUCAAACGCGCAGCGAGUCAGGUUGCCAUGACUGGAGCACUUCAUAUAUACAUCUCUACAAGCUGCAUCGGGGAAUAACUACAGCUGUCAUCCAAGACAUUUGCUUUAGUCAUGACAGCCAGUGGAUUGCUAUUGUUUCAUCAAAAGGGACUUGCCAUAUUUUUGUUCUAUCCCCCUUUGGUGGAGAUGCUGGGAUUCAAGCUCUACAUUCUCAUAUCCAAGGUAUCUUGUAUCCAUUUUCAUCUCCACCGUGGUGGCCUACUUCAUCUUUCGCUGUAAAUGAGAAAUGUUCUUCGCCUCCACCUCCUUGCACCCUCUCUGUGGUCAGCCGGAUAAAAAGCAGUGACUCUGGUUUGCUUAAUACAGUAAGCAAUGCUGCUUCUUCAAUGGCAGGGAAGAUAUACGUGCCAUCUGGAGCUCUUGCUGUCAUUUUCCACAGUUCCAAGUCAAGUAGUUUUGCAAAUGUUCCAUCAAGGGCCAGUUCCUUGGAACACAUCUUAGUUUACACUCCAUCAGGCUUUGUGGUUCAGCAUGAACUUCAGUCAUCUGUGGGGAUAGAAGUAAUUGAGUUUAAAGCAGAAACUUGGUCAGGUCCACAAGCACCACCGCAAAAUGAAGAGUUAAAGGUGAAAGCCGAACCUAUUCAAUGGUGGGAUGUUUGUAGAAGAUCGGAUAAUCUGGAAAGAGAGGAGUGCGUUUUUGGGAGCAACUUUGAUGGACAGAAUGAUCCUGAGAUAGAUGAUGACUUGAAAAUGGUUUUCCAGGAGAAGGAAAGUGCUAGGGAAAAGAAACUGGUCAAGAGCGAUUCCUUGUCGUCUCCUGAGAGAUCACACUGGUAUUUGUCCAAUGCUGAAGUGAAAAUAAACUCCUCUAGUUUACCAGAAUGGCAAAAGACUGAGAUACAUUUCCUUGUUAUGGGACCCUCGAGAGUGGAAUGUUAUUCAGGUGGGGAAUUUGAAAUUGAGAAGGUUUCUUCACAUGAAGUUGAAGUAAGACAAAAGGAUUUGCUGCCAGUAUUUGAUCAUUUCCCUGUCUUGAGAACUCCCUGGAUAGACAGAUCAGUGCCUUCUGAGGGAAGAUAUCCUAAUGUGCUGUCUUCGGAUCCUAGAGAGAAGACUAAUGAAGCAAGUAUUAUUUGUCAUUCAGAGCCACCAUCAUUUAGUUCUACUGAAAGCUCUGAUGGAGGAUCAUCCAGGCGAAUUGAGAAUUUGCUUGAUUUGGAGCACGUGAACAUUGAAAAGUCUCCAAUGCACAUUAGCCAUUCUCCGAGUGAACUAAAUGAGGGAAGAGAACAGAGUACCAAUCUCAAGACUUCCAUAAUGGACCAGAGAUCUGGGAACACUAUGCCCUUAACUCGUGAACAGCCCUGUAGAGUAGAUUUUCAAGUUGAUAAUAUUACGACCACGAGUAUGUUGUGCUCAUCUGGGAACGAGACCCCAUUAUUGGACGCUGACAAUACUGAAUUAGUUGCGGACAUUCUUAUGCCUUCAGGAAUGGAGAAAACGGUAGAUUUUGAGCAGAGGGCGGUAGCAGUAAUUCCAAUGAGAAGGAAAAACCCGAAGACGACGAAUGGAUUGGUGGCGUGUUCGAAUUCUCUGAAUAAGGUUAAUUGCUUCUUGUGCAUUAAGAAAUCUUUAGAGACGUGA